AGGCUGACAGGACUGAAGCGUUGGAGUGUGGGCAGGCACCUAGCUGAUAGGAGUGUACAAAGUGCAGUAGAAUGUUUGGGAAACUUUACAGUACGCUAAUUUUUAUUCUCUUUUUCUGCCAUGAGCCCAGUGAUGCUCAAAGGAAGAAAGAGACUUUGCUAUCAGAGAAGGUGACUCAGAUGAUGGACUGGACCUCGAAGCGUUCAGUCAUCAGAAUGAAUGGGGAGAAAUUCCGUCGCUUUGUCAAGGCUCCUCCAAGAAACUACUCCGUGUUCAUCAUGUUCACAGCGCUACAGCCGCAGAGGCAAUGUGGCGUUUGCAAACAAGCUGAUGAGGAGUUCCAUGUGCUAGCUAACUCCUGGCACUAUUCCUCUGCCUUUACUAACAGAAUCUUCUUUGCGUCAGUGGAUUUUGAUGAAGGAUCUGAUGUCUUUCAGAUGCUUAAUAUGAACUCUGCUCCAACCUUCCUCCACUUCCCACCCAAAGGGAAACCUCGCCAAUCAGACACCUAUGAGCUGCAGGUCAGAGGGUUUUCUGCCGACCAGUUGGCUAGAUGGGUGGCAGACAGGACAGAUGUUCAAAUCCGUGUCAUGCGUCCACCCAACUAUGCAGGGCCUCUCCUGUUGGGCUUUCUCCUUGCUGUGAUUGGUGGACUGGCAUAUCUACGAAGGAAUAAUUUGGAAUUUCUUUUUAACAAGAAUGUUUGGGCCUUUUCUGCACUGUGCUUUGCCCUGAUAAUGACUUCUGGCCAAAUGUGGAACCAUAUCAGAGGACCACCAUAUGCACACAAGAACCCCAACACUGGACAAGUGGUUCCAACUCCGCGGAGUGAGAUGAACAUGCAACGUAUGGGAUGUUGUUUCCCUGCUCCACUGAAGAUUUCAUUUCCAUAACUGUGUAAAUUUUUCAUUAUUUGUCAUUCUGCUUUUUAUUCUCUUCUAAAAUAUAUUGGGCAAAAGAACCAGAAAAUGCUGGAAAAACCUAAUAUGGCAGUUUAAUAGAAAAACACUGGUGCUACUCAGACAAAGAAAAUCAUAUCCAUCCAUACCUAUGGGGUGCUAUUUGAAAGGGCAUAAUGUUUUAGCUAGUUACUUCUAAAGAAUGAGUCUAACAUUCAACAACUUUAUGAUAAAUCACUUCUUGGAUGAUUCUGCAACAUUUUUACGCUGGCCAUGCCAACUUCCACCUAACUAGAUUUUUUACUCUAUCAUGACAAAACCUAAUUUUGAUAACUUCUCCCACAUUAUAACUUAGAUAUGAAACUUGGCAUACAACAUAUAUGAGCCAAGCCUCUAAAACAAUGUGGACAAAAUAUGAAAAUUUUUGAAAACUGUUCAAGUGACACAACACCAAACAUUUUAGCAGUAGCCAUCACAGCAGUUAUUUUCGCCAUAUUUUAUGACCUCAGAAUAAGAAUUGACAUUCUAAUAGGGGAUGAAAUGUUUUGCUGUAUAUUGAGUUUUCCACAGUUUUGGUGAUAGGUAGCAUUAUAGGAUCAAAAAAUUUAUAUCUGCAAAACUGCUUGAUGAAUUUACAUAUUUGGUACAGAUGUACAAGACCACCUUGGGGACAUAUCUUUAAUAUUUAUCUUGAUUAUUAUUAAGGUCGUGGUCUUUGUUGUCCCACACUUCACCUUUGAACAUAUUGAAAAUUAAAUAUGUUGUUGGGAAAAUCAAGGAUCACAAAAGAAAUUGGGGAAAUUUUGCUAAAUUCGACCACUAAGUCGCAGCGUUGUAACAAGAAGUGUAUUUUCAUUUCUUGAACAACUGCUAGAUAUAGACAGUUUCUCUUUUCCACUAUCUUCCUUGAACAUGCUUGAUAUGACUUUUGAAAAAUGAAUCAAAAGAAAACUUGCAUAAUAUGUGAAACCUAUUUUGUUAAGUCCUCUCAAGGCUGAAGACCAAUUGAAGCAAAACAUAAGGCGGUAGGACUGGAGGAAUGCGAUGUGGACAGAUUUCCAAAAAAUCUGUUUUGUUAAAUUAUGUGAAUAAUGUCUUUUUGCACACAAAAAAGUUUAUUGAGUGUAUCGUCAGCACUGUUUAAGAUUAAGAUGUUAAUAGGUUUUCUAACAGUUAUGUCUAAGUUCAAGUUAAAGGUGCACUAUGUAACUACGGUCCCCUGCUUGUCGGCAUCGAGCUUAUCUCACUACUUUGAAGCAGACCGGACCAGCUCUCCAUUCAAAGGGUCCAAACCUCCUGAGUCUGAAGAGCCUAUCCCAAGCAGGCCUGCUUAAGCUGGUGUUGAGGAGAAUACGUCAGCCUCUAAGUGCCUCGCAUCCAAAUGUCAAACCCUGCUUCAUUCAGCUAAUGGCCUAGCCAGACUGAGCAACCAGCAGAUAAUCAAACCUCCCAGCCACAUCCGUUUAUAGCAGUUUCUCCUUUUAUAUGACUUCCACUUGGAAUUGUGGUGAAUUGUUUUAGAAAUCUGUAAAGAAUAGACUUCAGAAAUUUUGCUUACUUUUUUUGGUCAAAGCAACCAAAAAAAGUUGCUUUUUUUGGUUGCUCUGACAAUUUUUGUCAAACCUCUGACAAUUUUUCAAACUAGUUUUUGUCUAAAAGGACCUAGAAAUAACUUUCUGUUAAAUCCGUCAGUUUUGUCUCAUCACAGCUAAUAACUAUAUGACUAUCAGUAUGCUGCCUCUACUUCUUUAAACUUCACUCUUUCACUGUUAAGCCUGAUUCUUCUAUAUAGAAUAAACUGAAUGUUCCUUAUAUAUUUAAUACCAACAAGAUUCAUAAAAACAUAAAAUUGUAUUAAAAUCAUCUAUGUGUGAAUGUCGUGACAGUAUAUUAUGAGACAGAUCAUUUGUGAAAAGAUCAACACCCUCCACUUCCUCCUUGAGUGAUUAUUGCCAUCUGAAGAAAUGCACCGAAAACAAAAACAAUCAGUCAGAGACAGGAGGAGGGCCUUAGCACCGUCACUGAACCUCACUUACUCACUGCUCAAUGUGCUAAUGGCAGAUGUUACGACCCGUCUAGGCGUGGCCAGAUCAUAACAUAAAGGAUCCAUCCUCUUCAGAUUCCAAGCAGCCAAGACACACAAAGUUGAACAUUUUCUAAUUACAUUUAUUUAAAACAAAAAGAUGUAUUUUUCGAUUUAAAUGUUACAACAAGUGGAGCAUAUGACUUUAGAGUGCGCUAAUGCUGAAAACAACAAACAAAAGGAAACUAUCUGAAUAUUAACCAACUUACCUAAUUAAAAGUAAAUAAACCAAAUGACAAAAACUUACCUCCCUAACUAAGAAAAACAUGUGAAAACUAAGAAAACAGAAACGGCAGCUCACUCCUACAAACUCCAGAACUUUACAUGGUGUCAAACAGUGUGGUCGGUUGGGAUGAGCCGAGGAUGGAUGGCAGGAAGUCCGCGUCACCAGCUUUUAUAUCCAUCACCUCUGGGAGGCCACCAAUUGGACGUCUCCGUUGUCCUCCAGGCACCAAUCAGAAACAGGCACCUGCACACUCAUUUGUAUAAUCAAGUUAAACGACCCCAGUCGUAACACAGAGAAACAACUUACCAUUACAGAAAAAUGUUUUAUGUGCUAACUAGCCUAGUAAUCACACCAGGAUCUGCUGAUGGGAAAAGCUGUAGUGGUACCAGAGAACAAAGGGGAGGGGAAGAGGAAUGAGUGGUGCCACAUGAGAUUGUGACUGACAAGACUAAGACCUCCAGACUCCGAUUACUUGUUUCUAGUUAGUACUGAGAGAAGCGGAAGUUGAUUUUGUUUUAUUUUUUUCCCACAGAAUAUCUGUUUCAUAUGGAGCCCUCCAGUGGACAUGUGGACAUUUUUUUCUUUCGCGUUAACUCGGAAAAGUUUUUGUGUUCCCUUGCAAAAGGUUUUGUGUGCCCUUGUGAUACUGUACUGAUCAGUUCAUGUGGCAUAAAUGAAUACUGUAAGGCUUUCUUACGGUGGCCGCCGCACUUUCUGCUUUAAUAUUACGGAGCCCUCGAGGGGACAUAAAGAAAAAAAAUACUUUUGCGGUCCCUCACAAUACUGUACUGAUCAGUUCAUGCAGCAUAAUUGAACACUGCAAGCCUUUGUUAUGGUGCCCGCCACACUUUCUGCUUUAAUAUAAGAUUAUUAUAUUAUAGAAAGGCACCAAAAACCUAUGAUAUUAUAAAGAAACUUUCCAUAAGUAGGAAAGAAAUAAAAAUACAUCCUAAUUUGGACUUUUUCGGAGUUACUAUUGUGCGGUAAUCAGUCAUCUGACAGUUUUAAUUGUGUCUCUGUUGUGCUGGUUGUUUGAAUGGUUUAAGAGGCCGUUUUCAUGUUCAGUUCCAUCUCAACCUUAACAGACAUAAUCAUGCAGUGAAUAAAUCGGCUUUCAAUCAGUUUUUUGCACCAAAGGCUUAAUAAUAAUAAGCAUGUUUUAUUAUAAAACACAGCAAACUAAUGAUGGUAAAGGGCCGCACUGGGUUAAUUCGUGGAAUCUCAUCUGUCCGUGUAUCAAUCAACUCCAAACCUCUUUUUCUUUCUGUCACAAUUAUCGAUUUAUUCUAUUUUGAUUAUUAUACUCCAAACUUUGCAAGGACUGACCGCCCCGCUCACCUGCUUCCUCAUACACACAAAGCCAGCCCACCAGUGACCUUCCCAUUCAUACUUGAUGACAGCCACGCCCACAUCGACACACCCACCACCCAGGUGUCAAAGCCACAUGCUUUCUGUCAUAUCAAUAAUUACUUAUUUCAUUCAUAUGGCUCUUGCAAAGCCUCAGUGAAAACUUGUUUAUUACUAUUAACUGUUUGGUGCAAAACACUGAUUGAAAAUCAAUUUAUUUACUGCAUGUUUAUGUCUGUUAAGGCUAAGAUGAAACGGCAUUAAAAGCAGCCCAUUAAAUCAUUCAAACUACGAACACAACAGAAACAAUCAAAACUGUCAAAUGACUUAUUACCCAUGAGAAUAACUCAGGAACAGUCCAAAUAGUUUGGACGAAUUUUUAUUUCUUUCCUACUUACGGAAAGUUUCUGUUUAUAUCAUAGGUUUGUGGUGCCUUUCUAUCCUAAAGAAAAAGAUAUAAAACUUCAGAUAUUUCACAACGAGAUGUUAACAUUCAUGGAAAAACCUUACAAACCCACCCUCUGAGUCCACAUAGUGCCACAAGUUGAGAAAAGAAUGCAGGCAAAGCGGAAAAGGCAGAACAUUCACAAAGUCAAUCUUUGCUUUACACUUCUUUCUUGAAGCAAACCUUUCAGCUCCUGUGUUGGUCUUCUUUUUAUUAUUAUUUCCUGCUUCAAUUAAAAAUCCACUUUAGAAAAUUGUUUAAGUGUAGAAAUGUAGUCAUCCAUGUUGACGUCGGAAGAAAGGAGAAAACAUUAAAUAUGAAGCCUAGGCACAAAUUCAAACUGGAAGACUCUUUCUAGCCCCACCUGCAUCAUCCAACCGGUGCAUCCCUCUCAUCACUGUCGACCAGUCAACGCUGGUCCAAGAUACGUCACUUCCAAUCACCGUCCAAGUUCCAGCUGAUAAGGACCUCCAUCUAUGGCAUUUUCCGCUUUCCAGCAGAGCUCAAACCACUCAUCCGUACGCCUCAGCUUCUCAGCCAGCUAUCUCACCAGAUCCCUUUCUUUUCAUCCCAUCUCCUUUCCUCCGGUUCCCCGCUCUG